AUGGUUAAUCCACAGGGAUACGAAAACUACAUUUAUAUAUAUAUAUAUAUAUAAUUCAUUUUUAUUAUCACAUUCAUUCAUUCACAGUCAAUAAACUAAUUUCUGCAUCUCUUUUUUAUUUUUAUUUUCUCACCAAACAAGACGAAUGAUUACAUUAUGAGCAGAGCAAAGCCGCUACUAGUUUUCUUCAAAAUGUAGUUCGCCAACAAUUUAAGAGAGAGAGAGAGAGAGAGAAGCGAGAUGGCUAAAGCUUGUAGAAAGAAGAGAAUAUAUAUACAUAUUGAGGCAUAAAGUAAUUUAUCAUCGAGAUCUGUGUCUUCCUCCGUUUGCUUGACGAAGAAGCUGUGGAAUUUCGUUUCUCAGCAAGUGUCUUUUUAACCUUUGAAUCCAAAGCUUUUAUUCUCUCUGUCUCUCAUCACUCAUAUUCUCUCUCCCCCUCUGUUCUGAGAGAGAGAGAGACGAGAAUGCCGUUGGAAGUUAGUGACCAAAAUACAUUUAUAUUUAUAUAGAAUUAGAGAUACAUAAUAGUGCCUCUCUCUGUUCCGGAUUUUUGUGAGCUUUAGAUUUCCAGAUCACUAAAGCUUUGAGAAAUUCAAGGGCUGAUUUGGUUGAUUUUGUAUUGGGAUAGAGUUGAGUGAGCUAAGGCAACCGAAGCAAAACAACAGUGUUUAAGUGUAUGCUCAGCUACUAUGGUUUGAUGGUGGUAGGAGGAAGGUGGAAGAUGAGUAGUAAUAUUCCAUGGCUGUCCCAGGAGAGCAAGAGGAAUUGCUUAGAUUAGACUCAUAAUAAUCAUCAUCUCCACAGACACAUCACCAACAACUCCCCAUGAGGCUACUCUCUUCUUUUGCAGCAUUACCUUUGCUCUUAUUCUUGUUUCUUGUCUCCCAAACUAUUGCUGACCUCAAGACAGACAAACAAGCCCUCCUUAAUUUUGUUGCCGCUGUUCCCCAUGGCCGAAAACUCAACUGGAAUUCUAGAUCACCAAUCUGCACCUCUUGGGCUGGUGUAUCUUGUGACCCAAAUGGCACUCGAGUAAUUUCUCUACGGCUCCCUGGUGUUGGAUUCUAUGGUCCAAUUCCAGCCAACACCCUUGGGAAGCUGGAUGCACUCACGAUCCUCAGCCUUCGAUCCAACAACCUCAAUGGGAAUCUUCCAUCUGAUGUUAUUUCCCUUCCUUCCCUCCACUAUUUAUACCUUCAACAGAAUAGCUUUUCAGGAGAUAUUCCUUCCUCUCUCCCCCCUCAACUCAACUUUCUCGACCUCUCCUUCAAUUCCUUCACGGGCAGCAUUCCAAACUCUAUUCAGAAUUUGACAUUUCUCACUGGACUGAAUCUCCAGAACAAUUCCCUCACUGGAACCAUCCCCAAUCUCAAUCUCCCAAAUCUUAAGCAUUUUAAUUUGAGCAACAACCAUUUGAAUGGCUCAAUUCCAUCUUCCCUCAAGAAAUUUCCUGCUUCCUCUUUCAAAGGGAACUCUUUGUUAUGUGGGUCACCACUGAACCAGUGCCCUAUGAGCCCCUCACCCGCUCCUUCCCGAUCUUUUUUCCCACCUUCUCUAUCCCCAACUUACUUGCCACCUUCUCUUGCCCCAGCUUACUUGCCACCCUCACCGACACUCCCUCAAAAACAAAAAACCAAAACGAAAUUGACUACAGGAGCUAUUAUCGCAAUUGCAACUGGGGGUUUUGCAGUGCUGUUUCUUCCUCUUCUGAUCAUGGUGCUAUGCUGCUUGAAGAAAAAAGAUGGUGGAAGUGGUCAUGUGCAGAAAGCGAAGGUGGCCUACAGCGUUGGAAGGAAUGAGCCUCCUAAGGAGGAUUUCAGCAGUGGGGUGCAGGAUGCUGAGAAGAACAAGUUGGUUUUCUUUGAAGGCUGUUUGCAUACUUUUGAUCUUGAGGAUUUAUUGAGAGCCUCUGCUGAAGUUACUGGAAAGGGGAGUUAUGGGACAACUUAUAAGGCUAUUCUGGAAGAGGGAACAACAGUAGUUGUAAAGAGGCUGAAGGAAGUGGUGGUUGGUAAAAGAGAGUUUGAACAACAGAUGGAGAUGGUGGGGAGGGUGGUCGGUCAGCACCCAAAUGUCAUGACUCUUCGUGCUUAUUACUAUUCCAAGGAUGAGAAACUUCUGGUUUAUGACAACAUGCCGCUUGGCAGCUUGUCCGCACAAUUGCAUGGAAACAGGGAGAGUGGAAGAACGCUUGACUGGGAAUCCAGAGUAAAGAUUUGCCUUGGAGCCGCAAAGGGUGUUGCCCAUAUCCACUCUGCUGGUGGUGGGAAACUCACACACGGAAACAUCAAAUCCUCCAAUGUCCUCCUCACCCGAAGCCUCCAAGGCUGCAUUUCUGAUUUUGGACUAACUCCUCUCAUGGGCUUCCCUACCGUCUCACCUAGAACUGCAGGCUAUCGAGCCCCCGAGACAAUUGAAACUAGGAAAUUUACUCAAAAAUCAGAUGUUUACAGCUUUGGCAUUCUGCUCCUUGAGGUGCUGACAGGGAAAGCACCAGUUCAGUCACUGGGCCAUGAUGAUGUGGUCGAUCUCCCAAGGUGGGUCCAGUCUGUUGUUAGAGAGGAAUGGACAGCUGAAGUUUUUGAUGUUGAGCUAAUGAAGUAUCAGAAUAUUGAAGAAGAGAUGGUGCAGAUGCUUCAGAUUGCAAUGGCUUGCGUGGAGAAGGUGGCAGAUAUGAGGCCUAAGAUGGACCAAGUUGUUCGGAUGAUUGAAGAAAUCCGACCAUCUGACUCACAGAACAGAAGCCCAGCUUGAACUACUCAAACACACCUUGAUGAUGGCAAUGAUACUGCUGCCCAAUAUUCGUAGGUUUGUACUUAAAGCAGUUCUUUUUAGUUCAGUUUCAACAGUGAAUUGUAUUCAAAACAUCAUAUGCGAGUUCUUUCUGACAAUGAAAUGUGUCCUACAGGUAGAUUGUUUGCGAUGUGUUAUCAAUUUUAAUUAGUUUUUACCAAUAA